AUGCCUCCCGUCAUCUUCGCCGGCCUGUUCAUGACACUCUGGUGCUGGAAAUGCACCAUGUUGAUCCUCUUCCAGAACCUCAUCAUCUACAACCCCUUCAUGCCGCCCAAUGCUAGGAGCAUGCUCAUCUCCGACUUUGCCCGGCAAUGCGGCGGGGUAGAAUGGCGUGAGGAGCGCAUAGAGUCGUUGGAUAGGACAGAGAUUGCUCUCUGCGUGAGUGAGAUCUCGGCCCGAGGAGCCGCACGAUCGGGUAGCACUGCAUCCCCGACUCCAGUCUACAUUCUCUACUUUCAAGGCAAUGCCUCGUCACUUCCCCCUCGACUGCCUGACGUCUCUUGGGUGCUGCGCCGUAUCAGAGACGGCGACGAAUCGAUACAUUGCACGACGGUCUGCCUGAGCUACCGCGGCUACUGGACCUCGCACGAUCGACCCUCGGAGAAGGGCAUCGACAAGGAUGCUGUGGCGGCGCUCCAAUGGAUAUCAGAGCUGCAUCGAGGCAGAAACGCUGCCAGCCAACUACCGGAGCCAGUGGUAGUGCUCUGGGGACAGAGCAUCGGCUGUGGCUUCGCAACCAAUCUGGCAGCGCGAUCAGAUUCGAAUGCGACGACCUUGGAUAUCAACGCGCUGGUGCUCGAGACACCUUUCACCAACACACGAGCGAUGCUCAAGGCCAUCUACCCGCAGCGGUGGCUGCCUUAUCAGUACCUGUGGCCAUUUCUUCGCACCCAGCUGGACUCGUGGCAGAACCUUGGCGCGAUAGCCCAGAGACAAACGCGUUGCUUGCCUGAGGUGUACAUUGUUGAGGCAGCCAAGGAUGAGCUCGUGCCACAAGAUCACGGUGCCACGCUGGAAAAACGAUGUACGGAUGUCGGGCUCACGGUGCAGCGGCGCAAGGUGAGGGCGGCACUGCACAACGAUGUGUCGGUACGACAGGAGGGAAAGCAAGCAUUGGCCGAGUCCAUCCUGUCAGCGAUUGGUAACGCCACACGGGCAUCCAAGCAACCGUGA